AUGCCACAGACUAAAAUCCCAGGCUACUACUUUGAUGAAUCACGUGGAAGAUAUUUCAAGAUUACAAAUGGAGCUGUCCCCGCUGGUGGCGAUACGACGCAAAAGUACCACAACAAUGCAGUACAAGCUGAGAAACGUAGUCAACAUUUUGAGAGAGUAGAGAAGCAAGAUCAGAAUAAGCACGAUAAACCUAUAAAUAAAAAACGCCGUGGGCAAGAUGUUAUCAAAAAUCCUCACGUGAAUCCAUAUCGUUCGUCGAAUAAACUCGACCAAAGACUACGAAAAGUUGAGUGGGAUCACUUGUCGAUGCUAAGUAUGAAAGCAGGUGCUAUUAAUUUAAAAAGUGGGUAUUUCAACAAUGAUAUGGUUGAUGCAAUUAGAUGUGGUAUGAAGUUGAAGAUGAACGAAAUCAUACCACCACAGGGCAAGAUUGUGGCAUAUCAUGAAAACUACUUUGUCAUGUCCAGGUUUUUGGAUGACGGUUGUGGGAGCAUGCUCAACUUGGCAGUGUUUACAAAUUCAGGAAAUUUGUAUGUCCCACCACAAUCAAUUUAUUGCGCUACUAAUGGUGGAUGUGAGAAUUUGACUCGAGAUUUAGCUAAGUGUCUUUUUGAUCCAUACGGUCGGAACCCAGUGAACCCUUGUAUAUACGCCGGGUACGAUAGUGCUGAAUCCACUUCUAACAUUCUACAGGUAUAUUCAUUCUGUGGAGAGAAGUAUUGUACUGUGGUCAAAUUCCAUACUUUCUGUUCAGAUUAUAACUCUUUUGAAGAUUUGACCGUACCGUUAAUGAAAUUUCUCAAAAGUCAGUUCAACAAACUUCAUAAAAAGGGUCGCAAGCUCAGUAAAGCUUUUGGAUUGAAUACGUUUGAAUUUGUUGGCUCUACCAAGACCAGUAUCGAUGAAAUCAACGCAGUAUUGAGGAGUGGUGCCAGGGCGUCUCACGCGAGGGCUCGAUUGGAUUCAUUUUUGAAUACUCAUGACAGUGAGAAACCAAACUACAUUUACCGGCCGACAAAAGAUUACACUCUCUGUAUCAUUGAAGAUUGCACCAUUGUGGGCGGGCAGGCUGUUGCAGUAACUUCCGAUGGUCAAAUUGUCUAUUUUGAAUGGAACCAUCGAUUGAAGAGGUUCCAAGAGUUCAAACUAUUUACCACUCAAUUGCCGAUGCCAAAUGCUCUGGUUAAGCUUUUAGGAGAUUUCGUAUAUGUGAGUACAAGCAAUGAUAUUUUAAUUAUAAACUACAAAGAGAAACAAAUUGAACGACACAAGUUUGAGAAGCUUCGCAAGUUUUUCAUUUUGUCGCCUACACAAUGGAUAGUUAUCAACCAAAGUCAGAUUCGUUAUUAUGAUCCUAGUUCAAGAGAAUCUAGUCUCAUCAUGUCAUACAAUAAUGGUAAUGAUGCUCGUCAACAAUUUGAAAUAGUAAACAAUCACUUGAUCUUUAAUCUUGGCAACAAAUUUAAAGUAAUUAACUUGUGUCGAGCAACCAAGGAUCAACAUGCUUUAUUGGAAUUAGACUUUGAUACGUAUAAGUAUGGGCAUUUCAAACACUUUAAAUUAGACCGUAUAAUAGACAUGGGAGUGAAAGAUGGUCGAACUGUUGUGGGAUUUCAAUUUGCAAAUGAUGGCAAGACUCACACACGUUUUGAAUCGUAUUAUAUAUAG